UUCAGCCUCUCCCUUUCGACACGUCUUCGACAAUGCCUUCCCUUCCAAUUGUCCUUUGCACUCACCGUCCACGCCUGCACGCCCUCACCAUCGAGCCUCGAUGAUCCGUCAACGUCGCCGUGGUCGCCGUCUCUCGUUCUGCGACCGAUAACCUUCCCUUUCGACUUGUCAAUUCCGCCUCGACGGCUGCGGUUCUUCAUCCCUUUCGUGUCUAAGCAAUUUUGCCAGCACCGACCCCGACGUGCUCGCGUUCAUUCCUUUAGACCGUCGACGUCCAGCCUAUUUGACACGAUCGAUCACGCUCCUUAGUUCUUGUACCUUCGUGCACGCAUUUCUACAAUUCGCCGCGCAAGCCUUUGCAGGAUAUCUCCUCGUCGCCGCCUCAUUUCAAGGAACGAGUCUUCAAGUCGCCAAGAGCAGCUCUUUGGAUACUGUCUUUGUCUUCGCGAGCAAUUGGCUGGCCCAACAAUUCGAGGAAGAGGAUAGUCUGCAGCGGUCCUUUGUUGGAGAGACACGGGUAAUCCAAGGGUCAAAGAAAUCGCCAAAAAUAUAUGAUUCAAAGCCUUUGACCAUUCGACGUUGUCAAUUUGCAUACCCACGGGACAAAGGAAUCCCCCUCGAUCACAGGUUUCGACAACCGCUGAACCUGCUCUUGGGAUUAUAACUCCAUCAAACCAAACUGGCUUGACCGACCCUUCGAAGACGACGGAAGCCGAGGAAAUCGUCUGGGACGGUUCUUUCGAGUUACAGAUCAGGAUCAUUUGAUCCUAGCCGCUCUUUUUCAACAACUCUCCCACCAUAUACACUCGUUUCAUAAGAUCUGAAGAACUUUCCAGACGAGAACCUCCCACGACAUGAAGAUCUCAUCAAUUACUUUGUUUGCUGCGGUAGUGGCAGGAUCCUUUGCCGAAGCCGUCCCUGCCCAUCGCCGUGGAGCGGAUCUGAAGCCCAGGUACUAUUUUCCGAGGGUCGUGAAGAGGCAGGUCACAUUCGACAACUCGACCACGUCUAGCUCUACGGACUCGGGAUUGGGUAGCUUGAUAUCGUCGGUAUCUGAUGCGUUGUCCGGAGUCGCAUCACAAAUCUCGGACGAUUCGCCGACGUCAACACCAGCGAGCACCGACGCACAGACGACUGACACCGCCUCAACUGAUACCUCAACCGAUACCGCGACAGAUUCUGCAACCACUUCUACAGACACCGCUACGGCCUCAGCUACAGAUACAAGCGCUGCCACGAUUACGGACCCCUUCAGUAGUCCAUCUGCGACCGAUGUCCCGACCAGUAUCAACACGGAUACUACUUCUACUGGGACAGACACGGCCAGCAUCACAGAUACUGCCACUACAAGCUCAACGUCCGACGAGAGUGGAAUUACUCUCGGCCUUGGGUCCAUCUUUACGAGCGAUUCAUCCACAGACACUGCCACCAUUACUAGCACAACCGAUACGGCAGCUCUAGCAUCAAGCACUGCUGCAGCCGAGUCUGUUCUCUCGUCGGCGAGCGAUGCUGCAACUUCGAUCUUGUCCGUCGCGAGCUCGCUGCAGUCGGUUGCGGCCACAGCUUCGGGUACAGACAUCGCCUCGAUUUCCUCAGCCUUGUCCUCAGCUGCCUCCGCUGCAUCCUCAAUUGCAUCGGAUGUGAGCUCUGCAAAUUCCGUUAUCACUUCCGCGGCUGGCACUACAAGUUCGAGUCCAGCUGAUGUGACUUCGGAUCUCAGCUCUUUUAUCUCUGAUGUGACGUCGACGCCCCCAAUCACCUCGCCAACCACCACCGAGAGCAAUACAGAUACGGUGACGCCACCGCCUACCAGCCCGACGACGACGCCUACGGAUCCGCCAACGGACGGUCCCACUGGCAGCCCUACGACCACUCCUCCCACUGGACCAACCGACCCCCCUACAACAACACCGACUACGACACCGACUACUACUCCAACUGAUCUUCCUCCGACAACCACUCCUCCUACCAGCCCAACAGAUACGCCGACGGGUCCCACGAUUACUGGAGGCAACGGCAACAAUACCGUGAUCACUACUCCAACCACUACACCAACCGAUACAACCAGCGACACGAGGACGACGCCUACUGAGACGGCCACCGAACCUCCGACAACAUUCCCUACAGUGACUCCGACCGUGACACCGUUCGUUGCGAAUCUGACGACCCCAGUUAUAACUCCUACGACUGACAAGUCCACGACCUCAGGGCCUCCUGUGAACACCGUCAAGCCAACUGGUACGGACUCGGCGACAGCCCUUGUUCCAGAUUCGAGCAUUAUCUCUGCCACGACCACUGCCCCCACCGAAACGUCCAAGUCAGCUUCAACGAGCGCUGCGGUCAUCCCCACAACACUCCCUCGAGUGAUUCAACCACAAGGUGGUGUGCCCGACGCGCCAGAAAACUCUACUUUGAUCCAGCUCGGGUUUGAUUACGGCCUCAACUAUGCCUUUGUGGUAUCGUCUCCCACGGCUGUGUCUCAGAUAUUCUCUUAUCUGCCCGUUGGUGUUUCCCAUGGAUUGGGCAUUGACCUUGAUCAAGUGGUAAUGCAGUAUCUCCAGCCUUACAACACUUUGAAUACCUUGAACUACAUUACCACUUUGGCCAUGGCGUACAUUCCCGCAGACAAAGUCGACACCCUCUCCUUGCAACUCCUGAACCCUAACUCCGAUCUCUACAACAAUCCAAACCCGUCUGUGGUGACUCUGAUGGGCAUGAUUGACCCCUCGAUUCCUGUUAUACCCGGGUCUCAAAUUGCCGGUGGAGGUACGCCCAUUAACUCGGCAAAUUCUGCCGCCACGACUUCCGACCAAAGCGGAACUCCCGAUGAUGGUACACCAGGUGGCUCCGAUUCUGGAAGCUCUCCCGUCCGGCCAUCUUCAGUGGGUAUCGCAGUUGGGGCCGUGGCUGGUGCCGCAGUCUAUGGAGCUGCCAUGUUCCUUGUUGCACGAAGGUACAAGAGAAGAAAGGCUGGCCACCAACGGUCAAGCAGCAUGCAAUCAGGCAAUCGUGGCAACCGUCCCGGUGAACAAUCGAACCUCAUGGUCGGCGCACGAGGUAGUUAUGGUACUCGAUUCGGUGGGAGGAAUUCCCGAACAAGUGACCGCAGCAAUUCUCAGCGCAGCGGGCGGACGUAUAUUAGUCCACCUGUGAUGGCUGAGAAUAGUUUGGGAUGGAACUAAUUGACAAGAUCUACCUUGUACAGCUGGAGAUGUGCGACCAACUGAUUGGAACUCAAUGCCCGCUCACGAAAGACACACCACACUCUGAUUUUCUACAUAGUCAUUCUCCUUUAUUUAUUGCCGGUUUGGCUUUUUUUGGAUACCUUGCAAAGACGUGGAGAGGAAAAAGGUGGAUUGGAGAAAUGCCAUUUUGAUUGAAGGUGCCCCAUGAUGUCAAAGAACAUGAAGACCCAAGGGAGAGGGAGAAGGUGGGAGCAGCAAAGAUCUUGUGAAUAUAGAGAAGUGAACCUGUCAUGCUGCCAGGCCGUCAUUUGAGAGUGCCGAGAAUCGACGCUGAGGACGUAGCAGUCGAGUCUGACAAUCCAGGCCUGAUUGGGGAGAGUGAGAUGGGAAAUAUAGGAGAGAGACAAUGGCAAUCUAUUUUAUUAUAA